AUGGAGGAAUGGAGACAAUGCGGGCGGUGGCUGAUAGACUGCAAGGUUUUGCCCCAGAACCACCGGGUUGUGUGGCCCUCAGCUGCCGUGUUCGAUCUAGCCCAAGCCUUGCGUGACGGGGUGCUCUUGUGCCAGAUGUUGCACAAUCUCUCCCCUGGAUCCGUGGACCUGAAGGAGAUCAAUUUCAGACCUCAGAUGUCACAGUUCCUGUGUUUGAAGAACAUCCGGACAUUCCUCAAGAUAUGCCAUGACAAAUUUGGCCUGCGGAACAGUGAGCUGUUUGACCCUUUUGACCUCUUUGACGUCAGAGACUUUGGCAAGGUGAUCUCUACACUGUCAAGAAUCUCCCACCACAGUAUUGCACAAAUCAAAGGAAUCAGACCUUUUCCCACAGAAGACACAGCUUUAAAUGAGGACGAUGUGUACCGGAGCCUUGAGGAGCUGGCAGAUGAGCAUGACCUGGGUGAGGAUGACAUCUACGACUGUGUCCCGUGUGACGACGAUGGCGAUGACAUAUACGAGGACAUCAUUAAGGUGGAAGUACGACAACCCAUGAUCAGAUACAUGCAGAAAAUGGGCAUGACAGAAGAUGACAAGAGGAAUUGCUGCUUAGUAGAGAUCCAGGAAACUGAGGCAAAGUAUUAUAAGACUCUAGAAGACAUAGAGAAGAACUACAUGAUCCCUUUGAGGCAACUUGUGAGUCCACAGGACAUGGAGGCCAUCUUUGUCAACCUCGAGGAUGUGAUCAAAGUACAUUUUGCCCUUCUUCGAGCCAUUGACCUCAACAUGGUCACCGGAGGAAACGGUUUGGGAAAGAUCUUUCUUGACUUCAAAGAACGGCUAUUGAUCUAUGGCCAGUACUGCAGCCACAUGGAGAAUGCACAGAAGACACUGGAUGAACUAAUAGCAACACGGGAGGAUGUGAAGAUCAAAGUAGAGGAAUGUACAAUGAAAGUGCAGGAAGGCAAGUUUAAGCUACAGGAUCUUCUGGUGGUUCCCAUGCAGAGGGUACUCAAGUAUCACCUUCUACUAAAGGAACUUUUGAGUCACUCAACAGACCGACCAGAGAGGCAACAACUAAAGGAGGCGCUCGAGGCUAUGCAGGAUUUGGCCAUGUACAUCAAUGAAGUAAAGAGGGACAACGAGACAUUGAAGAAAAUAAGUGAAUUCCAAAGCUCUAUUGAAAAUCUUCAGGUAAAGCUGGAGGAGUAUGGGAGGCCAAAGAUAGACGGAGAGCUUAAGGUCUGCUCCAUCGUAAACCGUACUAAACAGGAUCGGUAUAUAUUCCUGUUUGAUAAAGUGGUCAUUGUGUGCAAGCGGAAAGGUUAUAGCUAUGAGCUCAAAGAGAUUAUUGAGCUACAGUCUUAUAAAAUGUCUGAUGACCCUAUGAACAACAGAGACAUGAAAAAGUCAAGUGGAAAAAUGUGGUCUUAUGGCUUCUACCUGAUCCACCUGCAAGGAAAGCAAGGCUUCCAGUUUUUUUGUAAAACGGAAGAGACAAAGAGGAAGUGGAUGGAACAGUUUGAAAUGGCCAUGUCCAACAUCAAACCAGAGAGAGCCACGGCUAACCAGCAUAACUUCCAAAUGCACACAUUUGAUAAGAACACUAAUUGUCGAGCCUGCAAGAUGCUACUGAGGGGCAUCUUCUAUCAGGGUUACUUCUGCUCUCGAUGUGGCACAGGCGCACACAAAGAGUGUUUGGAAGUGAUCACCAUCUGCAAAAUCAGUUCACAGUGUAAAAACAUUCUCAAUGAUUUAUUUGCAGGUCCCAAGAUGGUAGCAGUGAGAAACUACCAUGGUACACCAGCACCGCCAGGAAAGACGGCUCUCUCUUUUCAAACAGGAGACUACAUCGAGUUGUUAAAGGGGGACCCUGACACUGCGUGGUGGGAGGGACGGCUGAUACAAACACAAAAGAAUGGAUUCUUCCCCAGUUCCUGUGUUAAACCUUACCUGGACCCAAAGCCCUUCCAGUCGUUAUCCAGCCGGCAGUCAUCAAGGGACACAGACUACUAUGGCUUUCCUUGGUUUGCUGGGAACAUGGAGCGCCAGCAAGCUGACAACCUCUUAAAAUCCCACAGCAGCGGGACCUACCUCAUCAGAGAGAGGACGGCUGAAGCAGAGAGGUUUGCCAUCAGCAUCAAAUUUAAUGAUGAAGUGAAACACAUUAAAGUCAUUGAGAAAGACAGCUGGAUUCACAUCACCGAGGCCAAGAAGUUUGAGAGCCUUUUGGAGCUGGUGGAGUAUUAUCAGUCACAUUCGCUCAAAGAGAGUUUCAAGCUGCUAGAUACCACAUUGCGAUAUCCCUACAAGGCAAGAGAGCGCUCAUUAACACGUUCCAGCACCCGUUCACCAGCCACCUGCGCAUCCUACAACUUCUCCUUCCUCAGUCCGCAGGGCAUGAACUUCUCCUCUCAGAGCUCAGCUCCCUUUUGGUCAGUGUUUACACCUCGCGUUGUGAGUACAGCGGUGGCCAGAUAUAACUUUGCGGCACGAGAUAUGAGAGAACUAUCACUGCGAGAAGGAGACGUCGUGAAAAUAUACAGCAAGAUCGGUGGGGACCAAGGCUGGUGGAAGGGCGAGGCCAAUGGACGGAUUGGAUGGUUUCCCUCUACCUAUGUAGAUGAAGAAGGAGUCCAAUAA